CUAUCAGAACGCUGCCUUAUUUCGGCGGUUUGACAGGUCAGCUUUGAGCCACUUUUUUAGCUUCUCAAGUAUUAGCGUAUUUUCGUUUUUAUUUAGAAUAUCUUUUGAUUUACCUGUAAUAAAUAAUGUAUGGGUAGCUUUAACCUUAAAGUCCGAUAAUCUUUAAAACGUCGGCAAGUGCACUUGCAGUGUUAUAUAAACUAUAGAACGAAUCAUAUCGGCGAUCCGAUGCACAUAGCUACAUAGUACGUCAGUGCACGAAUGGUGGCUGUAAGAUAAUGGAUGUGGACGCUCCUAACAUAUUGAAAAGGUGCAGCAGCGCACCUCUGAUCAAUGAGGCGGCCUCCACAGCGGCCACGUCGCUCACGACCAACACGACACCCAGGAACACAUCGAUCUUUAGUAUGUUCUCGAACAAUAAUCUGUCGAGGACGCGACGUUUUAGUAGCGGCAGUUUCAGUCCUAUGUCGCAUACGCCUCAGGUCACUCACAAUAUUGCUCAAUUCGAAUUCCAGGCCCAAAACGCGUGGGGCCCUCGGUUGGGUCGCGUGAACCAGCUACGGGCGGAGGAGUGCGCUGACGUCAGCAACACGCGUGAGGUCGCGCACGAGCGGGAGGUCCACACCGCCAUGCAGAUGGGCCAAUCCUGUGAAGACCUCACGCUGGCCGGCCUAGCCAACUCCCCUACUAGGAUACCUAGGUUCUCAACAGCGGUGUCGCCAUCGUCGACGCGCAAGUACACGACCCGACGGAGCCUGUCCCCGAUCGCGAUCAGAGCGUCGAACUUCAGUCCGGUGAGUCGGCCCACUGUGCUCAUAGGGAAGCGGCGCUGCGACGACGCCGACUCGCCGCACUCGAAGCGGAUGUGCACCGCGGACAGACUCACCCCCUCCACCCCGGGCACCCCGGACUCGGACUCGCUCGAGUGCACCUUCAGGCCGGUCUCGCCGCGAGUCCAGCCGAUGAUCGAGGCCCAGGACCCGCCGGAGAACCACAAGCGAUCGAACCCCAGCUAAUAUUUCGUGAUGCAGUUUGGGAAUUUCGAUCUGUCGAUAAUCAAGACGGCCGCGUUCUUGUGGGCGCUUUGUCUUAGUUUGUGUGUUUAAUAAAAAAAUGUAAAUUUAAUCAUUAAUGCGUGUAAAUUAUUUUUAAUGUUUUUGCAUUUAUAAUGGAUUGCCAUAGUAUUUCGGGAUACGAGCAGUGAAACGUAACAAUUGUGAGUCACAAAUCGAAAUUCCCAAACCGAGUUCAAGCCACGAGGACGUUCUACAAUAAAACGUAUAUUAGGUUUUUAGGUUUGUUCCAAACAAUAUACGAAUAUGUAAUUUCUAAGUUCCCGAGCGGGAUCCCGAUUCGGUUUCUGAGUAAAAGCUGAAGCAUCUCUCUCUCACACUCUCUCUCUCUCUCGUUCUCCCGGAUGUUUUUGUCCGCUCAUUUGUUAUCGGGUCGCAUACAUAAUUAAUAAUGUCUUAAGAAUAAUUCCAAUUUUUCAUAUUCAAUGUUUCGUUGAACUCACCGCGUAAUGUAUUCAAAACAAAUCGAGAUCGAACAGACAAUAACACAACAGAGCGUCAAAGAAUAAAAAAAAUAGUAUUUUUCAGAUGGCAGUCAGACAAACUAAACUUAUUAAUUUCGCCUACCGAUUUUAUCCGUCUACCUUCAAAAUUAUCGGUUUUUUGCAGAGAUAUCAGUUUACUCAGAAACCGUUUUAAGACGAAAACUAUAAAAACAUCCUCAUUCAUUUGAACUAGAGCGGGACAGUUGUUUGGUUUUCGUCUUCUAUUUGCUUAUAAGCCAAGGAAUGAACGCGUCUAACCUGUUAUCAGCCAAAGCAUCUUGUAUAUACUAGUUGUAAGAAAGUUCCGAGCGAACGACUUUAUUUGUAUAUAUAAUAAUUAAUGAAUAAAAUGUUAGUCGUAAGCAAUAAUAUUAUUUACUAAUGCGCGGUAAAAGCCUUGACCCGAUUCAGAAGAUACACGAUUAUUUCCUCAGGUCUCUGCAUUAAGAUUAGAGUUUAGGAGUUAGUAGAGUAUUAAUGUAGAGACAGUUCCUAUCGUGUUCAACAUUUUAUACCAAAAAAGUAGGCGCUGAUUCGAAGGAGCCGCCGGACGCAUGCCGUCGGACGCACAUCGCCGGACGCGUGUCGUCAGACGUCGGGAGCGGUCAUUCAACUGUCGGUUCUCAGCUGUUUGUGAUUUCAUGUAAAUUACCUCGCUUGAUUAAAUUAACUUGAUUUUAUGAUAUCCUUUAUAUUACGCAAAGGGUUACUUAAAUAAAAUCGUAAAGUUUAGAAACUGAACAUUACACAGGGUUUUUAUUGCGCUGAACAUAAAUGUCAAUUUGCAUUGAUUUUGGAGACGAAAUAGUCGCGUAGUAAUCGUAUUUUAAUUUGACCGUGUAAAAACAAGGUUCGUUUACAUUGAAUUGUCGCGUCACAGAACGACUCGGGUCGUAAAAUAGAAAAAAAAACUGUUUAUUGUAAUUAUUACAAUCUGUGCUUGUGUUUUUUUUUUACAGUCUACGAUUUAUUUCGUAGAAUUAUUCCAUUUUAAUUUAAUGAUUUUAAAGAAAGUUUCAUUUAUUAUUAUAUAAUUGUGACAAUACACGUAUUUAACAUUUAAUUUUUACAAUUCAGAUCCGACUAACUACCUAUUGGGUAGGAACUACAUACGGACCUCUGUUGAAUUAAUCAGGCUAAUAUUAUGUAUAGUUAGUACCCGGUGAUGUGUGCAGUCGGCUGCAAAAUUGCUUCGAAGCAUUUAAUUCCAUUAUUAUUAGUAUUAUUUUUCCCCUAUCUAAACGCCUAUAGGGGCUAUUCUAGCUACUUGCGGACGGGUAGGUGAGCUCACGGGCUCAACCUGAGAGAAUUUGCUAACACUAGCCCUAGCAAGAGCAGUACUUCGCAGAAUCUACCGCCGGAUCAGAAUCGCGAUCCACUGAGAAGAUCCGGCGAGAACUGUGAAAAUUCCACGAACACUGUUUAUUUACAGUAUAAUGUAGGUCAUUAAAAGUAAACUAACAUGACGUUGACAAUCACCGGCCCGGCCUAACCUUAUUUACGCUUUUUAUGGAACUACCGUUUCAUUCUAAAUAAUGGUGUAUUUAGCGCCAAAAAUAUAUAUUUGUCACCUAAAUCAUAUAUCAAUCAAUACACUUACAAGUUUAUUAUUAUGCAUAAUGAUAGUUAUUAAUAUUGACAAACAGAGUGAUCUUCUAUUUCAACUACUAAAGUACGGAGCACAAUCUCUGUGUUUUAAAAAGUAUCCGCUCAAAAGGAGCCAAUUAAGGUGGCGCCACUGUCGCAAGAGGAAUGAUUUUAAAAACAGCGCCAUAACCUAUGAAAGUAGGAUACUAAAUCACGAAGGAAAGAAACACUUCCUACGUAAAUUAUAAUAAAAAUAAAUAGUUGAAAUUUUCAAUACUGUAUUUUUUUUAACUACACUAGUUACAAUAAUAUUAAAAUUUUAAAUUCAACACACUACACUCUGUUUACAACGGCCAUAUUCAUUAUCAUUUUCAUUUCCUAAACUAGCGCUAUUUCGGUGAGUCUUGCAAAAACAACUUGCUGUUUACAGGCGGAAACUUUUUCAGCUUGUCCCCUAUACAAGAUGAUCCUCCAUACUUCUAUCCUCCAUCUACUAAAUAACUUAAAUACGUUUAUUUAUAUUAAAAGAAAAUUCCUUGAAUUCGAACACUGCGAUAGAAAACAUAUAGGUAAUUUCGACGAUUGAUAUUUGUCAAAGUUGAUGUUAUAAUAUAUAAAUAAAGUUACCGGCUGAGUAAUGUCUUCUCAAUAAAAUUUAUGGCAGCGUAGGUAUCAGUAGAGCCGCCGCGCGAUGGAUCGUGUCCACUGUAGGGCCAUGCGAUGGGUUCUUGAGCGAGCAAUGUACUUUUGUAGCCGACUGUACAAUAAACAUAUUUAACAGUUGUCUCAAUAUAGACGUGCACCAUUUCUUCUUCUGGAAUUUUGCUAAUGUACGUAAUUUCAGUAAUUCACAGAAUUGAGUAGUUUUUUUUUUUCAAUUUAAAUUUAUACAUUAUUGAUUGUUAUUAUAAAUACUAUACAUUCUGUUGCGUCUUCUUAAAUUGUUAACGAUUAACUAACAUCAAUGUUACCAAUUAAGGAAUAUGUAUAAUUUUUAAAUCCGAUUGUAGGAUUGGUUACUGCGCAAUUGUAAUUUUCAUUAUGGGAAUUAAACAAUUAGUAGUUUUAACACUAAUCAUACCAACACGUUCUGGUACCUACUUCUACCAUAGCGGGUAGAUAACGGUAUAAGACAAGUGCUACUCGAAAUAAACAAAACAAACAAUAAAAGUAUAAUAAUUGUAGAUUAAUUGGUAAGAAAAAGGCAUGAAGACAAAUGUGCAAAAGCAAUAAGAAGAUAAUUAUGUGCAGUUUCAAUGCGAAAGUUUAAAAUGGGUCAUUGGUACCCGUAGUGGUAUGUUUAGUGUCAACUGACUUCAAUCGACACCUAAUAGAGCGCGUCUGCAGAUGUCUAGAGAAAUUAGAAAGAAUAUUGAUGAUUAUCUUGUAUUCAGCAGAUGUUUGUGCAAGAUUACCUACCUAGUGCAUGUCACUACUUCAGUUUUAAUAACAGUAAUGAUUUCUUUUUUAAUUACGAAUCUUUCGGAGUAUCCGUGGCCGAACGUGAACUAGCAGCCACAAGCUUUGUAAUCGAGUGUACAACUCGCUUAUUGAUCCGCGACACCAGUCUGCUUGGUGCGAGUUUUUUAACGUUGUCGAUAGCGUAAAAGUUAACUCAAAUUUGUAUGCAGUGGAACGUUUACUUACGUUUGCCGCUAGGGGCACUGUUCCAACAAAAUUCUAUAUCAUAGAAGUUAACCAGUUGGAAAGUUUACCUAUGUUUGCGCCUAGGGGCGCUGUUGCAACUGGAGACAAAUUUGAGUUAACUUUUACUCUAUCGAGAACGUUAAGAAACUCGCACUAAGCACAACACCGAAUCUUAGCCUUGCGAAAGUAACGCGUUAUCAAUGAAUUAUCCGCCGAUUUAAUAUUAAGUUUUUUUUUUUGUUUUACAUUAUUUUAAUUAAGUUUAAGUAUUAGUGUAACUAAACAAAGCCACUUUUCUUUCGAGUUUUUGAUUAACAAUUGGCAGCUUCUGUGCGCGUUUCAUAAUUUGAUUUCGUGAAUUUUGUUGAUCCGAAAACCGGUUACUUAAUUGUUUAAAUUUUCUUAAGAUUUAUUAUUAAAAAAGUGAUUCCAUUAAAUACCAAUUUGAAGGUUUUUUUUUUACUUUAAUUAGAUGCCUGAUAUAUGAAUGAUGUAUGUACAUAUACGUAUAUGUAUAAAUUUAAUUAAAGUAAAAUUUUAAUUCAAUAUUAGAAUAUGUAAUUUCGAAUUGAUAAUUUUUUUUAUAUUAAGUCAGAUUAAACUACAUAAAAAAAAAUUUAAGUAAUCGGAAUAUUGUUAUAAAAAUGUUUUUGUGUUUCUUACCAAAUGUAGGUAUGAAGCUAUUAUGAAAAUAUUUUUAAUAUCCAAUCGUUAUUCGUCAUUCGUUUCACGCGCUCCGGUAAAAAGUUAAUAAAUAAGCGUUACCAUUUCAAAAUAAAAGUAAGGUUAAAUUAAUUGUAACAAUGUUAUUAAAUAAAAUAAAAGUACUGUAAAAUUGAUUAGAUACCUCAAAAUAAAUAAACGCGGCGAAGUUGUUACGUGCAUUUCAAUGUAAGUAUUUUGUGCUAUGUAAAUGUACAUAUUAAUUUAGUUGUAAAAUUUGAAUAAAAUUAUAUAUUUUAGGAACGUUGUAAUUAGAUUCGCGACGAGUCGCAUCGCAGUAGCUAUGAUACUGGGCAAGGCGUGGCCCAGCAGGCUCUCGGCUGCACCGGGCCAAUCCCUACUCACUGGCAACACUGACAUUUUAUGUUCAGUGUUGCCAUGUUCUUAGAUAUUUAAAAAUCCAUCGAAAGAACUCCCAAUACACUCUAAUAAUUAAAGUUUUUGGGAUAAUAUGAAAAGCUAAUUAAAAAUAAUGUUCGAUUCUGUCUUCCAAUAUUUUAAGCGAUUUUGUAUCGUUUUUGUCGACCAGUAUUAUAGUUGCGCGUGGAAUUUGUAACAUCCUGUAAACACGAUGAUAGUAGUGAUGUGAACAUGUGAAUAGAUAUUUUGUAAUUUUUGUAUGUAUAAUGAAUUGGGAGUGUGUACGAACGCAAAAAUUUGAAAAUGAAAAUUUGUUUUCAGACGUGAUUAAAUCACAUGCAAUAUU